UGCCUGGUCGGCCUUUGGUAAGUGGCAUCUGCCUCUCUGGUAACAGCAGACUGGGUGUCUUUUGUGCUUGUCAGGUCAUCACUGGAGGCCACUACGACGUUGACUGCUAUGUGGAGGACCCCCUGGGGAACACCAUCUACAGGGAAACCAAGAAGCAGUAUGACAGCUUCACACACCAGGCUGAGGUCAAGGGCGUUUAUCAGUUUUGCUUCAGUAAUGAGUUUUCCACCUUCUCUCACAAGACCGUCUACUUUGACUUUCAAGUGGGCGACGAGCCCCCCAUUCUCCCAGACAUGGGGAACAGAGUCACGGCUCUCACCCAGGUGAGUGGACACUAACAGUGACAGGCUGAGAUACACCCCCUCCCCGCCCCCGCCUGCUCCUCCUCGUCUGUGCCCGUCUUGGCUGAUGAGCAGUCACCAGCUAUCCAGCUCCAGUCUGAAGUCUCAGUAUGGACUCUGCCCCUCUGUUCACAUCCCGUCCUGCAAGACCCUAUGUUCUCCUUUCGGUCUUCCUCUCCAUUCUUCAACUGGAUCCCUGCAAUACUUUCCUCUGGUGUUCCUGCGUUCCCAUUUAGUCUUUGACACAGCACCACUUUCAGAGUACACAUAGCAUAUGCCUCUCUGCUGAUAUGAUGUAUCUACAUGAGAAAGACCAGUCCUACUUUGUGUGGUAUGUAUUAGUUAAGGUAACAACGGCUAGCUGCUAUAACAAAUAAACCCCAAAUAUCAAUGGCUUAGCACAAAGAAAGUUUUUUUUUCUCACUCAAAUAAUAAUCCAGAGAGUGGGGAAUAGGGGUGGAGGACUUUCCUCCAUGGAGUGACUCAGCAAGCCAGGCUCCUUCUUUCUUGUCAUCUUUCUGAUGUCCCUUAGGGCUUCAGAGUCCUCUGUUUCUAGCCACCAAAAGAAGGAGAGAAUGAUAAAGUCCCAUCUGCUUCUUAAAAGCCCUGGCCCAGAAGUGACGCCAUCACACCCACUCAUAUCUCAUUGUUGAGAAAUCGUCCUGUGGAUAGUCUGGAUGAAACGAAGGCGGCAAAUACAGUUCAGUUGGGCAGUCACCUCCUAGCAUUAAACUUCACAAUCUGGAAGAGAGACGGUGACACUUUUGAAGGCCAGAUAGUCAUCUCUGUCACCAUGGCUGUCACAGUUAACUAUAAUCGGACCCCAGCCUCCUCCAUCAGUCUUCCCUCCUGCUAUUUAAGCUUCUCCCUCCCUCCCAUAUGCAGACUCUGAGGCUAGGACUCUGUAUUACCCCUGAAUCCCCAGCGCCCCAGUGCCUGGGGUGUGGCAUAGAAUAAGAGCUCACCAAAUAGUUGUCAAAUGACUGAGUGGCAGGACCCAGGGAAACCUGCAAGACAGGAAUGACCCUCUGUGGCUGCACCUGUUCCAGACCCAAAGCCAGAGCAUCUGAGUCUCCAGCAAUGCCAGAUUACCUUCUGGGCUGCCCUCCAAGGUGACCACAGGCUCCAUUCCUCUGUGGCUUUGACCGUGGGCUCAUUCUCUGGGCAGUUGGAGGUUAGCACUGCACUGUCCAGUCAGUAACAGCUAUCUACAUAUGGCUGUUGACAUUUAAUUAAAAUUAAAUUAAAAAUUCCCUUCCUUGUUUGCUCUAUACCAACAUUUCUAAUGCUCAGUAGUCACAAGUGGCUGGUGCCCAUGCAUGGAGAGUUCCACUGGACAGCAGUGCGUUUGAACUUAGCGGCGUGACUGCUGAUAGGAGGUCCAGCCCAGUGUAAGAUCUUUCAUAAGCUGUCCUCUCAGGAGGUCUGUUGGUCAUUGAUGAAAUAGCUUCUGUUUUGAAGAUUCUGUGAGUCUCCAGAAGCUGAGCUGAAGGAUUUCUCUCUCUAAGCAGUGGAAAAGAAACCAGUAGAGAAAAGGCUUUGUGGAUUAGCGCACUAGAGACGUUCUUUCCUGGAGCCUUAAAAUUAGAGUUCGGUUUUGUUGCAGGAAGGAGUGAUUGCACUUCCCCUCUUCUACAUCUGGGAACCUUAACCGUCUGCCCAGCCACAAAAGAGCUGUUUCCUUCUCCUUCUGUACCUCUGACCCCCCUGCCUGGUCUGUGCCUGUCUCAGACAGCUCCCGCUCGCCUGCGGUGGGCCCGUGCUCAGUCUGCACACUGUACCCGGCGGUGGGAGUAUGAGGUCAGAGGGCGCUGUCCCAGCUGUCAGGAGCCCUGCAUGGAAUGCGACCCUGUAAACCACGGAGCUCCAGGAUGCUCUGAUCAGAGCUGAGAUUUAAGGGUGAGGGUUGUCAGGGGAUGGACCAAUUGACUCUUCCAGGAGGGUCAGGGACGUCUUCACAGGGAGAGUUUUAGCUUAAAGCGACACUCUGGGUGCUUACCUCGGAGUGUGUCUGGCACGGGAGGAGGAAAGCCCUCCUGGGUGGGGAGAACAGCAGGUGCAGGUGUUCAGGGCAUCACUUUACUUUCCUCACCGGCCCUGAUCUUAUUUUGCUUGGCAUGGAUCCCCUUUCUUCCUGCAGCUGUCUCCUCUUUUCUCCUGAGGCUUUGUCCGGCUCAGUGCUGGGCCAGAGGCUGUGUGUUCUGGCACCAGUAGCAGCCCUAGGGUGAAAGAAUAGGAUCCAGAGUGACCGAGUCCCGGGCCAGGGCUCCAGGCCAGAGAGAGGGACUUGUCUUUGGCCUGAGUUCCAGCACGACCAGGCUCCUGGCAGAGGACUUGGGCUAGGGAUGCUGCUGAGGGAGGCCAAGCUUGAGGUGCCCUGGGCGUCCUGAGAGUCUGGGCAGAUCCUAGCGGAGGCUGAAGGUUCCUGACAGAGGUCCAAGGUCCGGGGCUGCCUCAGUGGUGGCCGAGGGAAGAUGAAAGGUUUUCCUAACUCUACUCUGAGGCCAGCUCCUGCGACGCUGCCUUUGAGCUCUUGAAGAAUUUAAAGAGCCAAGCGCGGACUUCCCUGGCAGUCCAGUGGUUAAGACCCCGUGCUUCCAUUGCAGGGGGUGCGAGUUCGAUCCCUGGUUGGGGGAACUAAGAUCCCAUGUGGUGCGCGGCCAAAAAAUAAAAUAAAGAGCCCAGUGCUUCUAUCCGUGGAGGUCCUGAUGAGGUGAGGCUGCAGGAAUUUGCUGCUGGUUACAGAGUGAAGACCUGGGCAUCAGCAGGUGGUAGAGACGGGAUGGGAUGUGGGCAUGGGAUGGAGGAAAGGGAUGGUCCUGGGAGGGAGACAGGUCAGGGUGUCUCCAGAGACUACCUGUCAUGAUGGAGCGAUGCCCACAAUCCCCGUGAGGCUCCCGGACACUGGGAACCAGCCAGGGCUGGAGGUCUCAGCGCGGUGAAGGUCGCACUGCAGGAGAGCUGGGGACCCAUGGCCCUGGGAAAACAGGGCUCUUUGCAACAGAAGGGCCUCUGCUGGCUUCCUGCUGGAUAGGAAGCAGGCUGGCUGGGUUGCCUAACUGAAAUUUUGUGGGAACAAGCUGAAGUGGUAUCUUAGACUAACGCCAACGGCAGGUCCCAGUGGACGGGGAAGUAGCAUGUUUUUACAGUAAGGGGAUGCUUCCAGGUGUCUGUGAAUCUUGGUGAUGUGUGGCCCUGGGGUCUCCUGUGAGGCCUGUGCCAGGUUCUAAAGGUGUCUGCUGGUUUUAGACGCCAGGAAAGCCGUAGAGUACCACCUCCUGCUCUGUUACCUCCUGAGAACUGGCUUCCUUCCCUGUCACUGAUCGGAUCUGAGGUUGUUCCUGUAAAGACCUCAGGCCCUCUUCAUAGAAGUGCAGUGCUGCUCUCUGGCUGGUGACAUCUGAUCCACGUCUUUGAAGUGAUGCCUUACAUGGCAUAUCUGAUGUGUCCUCUGCCCGAGGUGUCGGCACCCGUGGUUUCUGUGUCCUCCUCCGUUUCUCUUC